CACCGCCACCAGCAGCUUCUUCCCCUCCCCACUCCCCACCAUGUUCCCGGACGUGACCAUGGGGGAGAUGAUGGGUGUCGGGGGAGGGGGAGGAAGCAUGGGCGGUGGGGAGAGGGGCUGGGGAGACAUGAUGGGGGGGCUGAUGGUGGGUGGGGAGCCGGCUGGGGACUUGGUGAGGACUGGCGCCCCCAACAUCAUCUGCACGGUACUUCCUCCCCACUGGCGCUCCAACAAGACCCUCCCCAGCGCCUUCAAAGUGGUGUACCUCGGCCCGGUGCAGGACGGUACGGUGGUGACGGUGCGCGCGGGCAACGACGAAAACUGUUGCGCUGAGAUUCGAAACAACUCGGCGAUCAUUAAGGACCAGGUGGCGAAGUUCAAUGACCUGCGCUUCGUCGGGAGGUCGGGCAGAGGCAAGAGCUUCCUGCUGACCAUCACCGUCAGCACCUCGCCGCCCCAGGUCGCCACGUACAGCAAGGCCAUUAAGGUCACAGUAGACGGCCCCAGGGAGCCAAGGUCGAAGUCACUGGUGUUCCCAGGGUGCGGCGGCUUCCCCUGGGUGGGCCGCCCCUUCCUCGCCCCCCUGGACCCCCUCCGCGCCGCCGCCGCCGCCGCCGCCGCCGCCAGCGACCCCCUCACCGCCUCCCUCGCCCUCAAGUACAACGGAGUGAUGGAGGCAGCCUGGCCCGGGUACACCACUGCCUCACCCUAUCCCCCACCCUACCUCGGCUCCUCCCUGUCCGCCUGCCCCUCCGCCACCCAUCCCACCCACGCCGCGCACCUACCGCCCACUCUCCCGCCCACCUCCCAGCGCGGCGCUCCCCCCACGCAGCAGGAGGCGGCAGCGGCGGCGGCGGCAGCGGCAUCGAACAACCAUCUAAGUUUUUUGACGGAGCAGUUGGGGGGCGCCUCAGAUCGCCUCCUGCCCCCCCUCCCCAAGGACUUCCUGCCCCCCUCCGUGGCCACCUCCCUCGGCAUCUUCGGGGGGGGCAUGCUGGGGGGCGGGGCGGGGCUGCUGGGGGGCGGGGCCAGCGUCUCCGGCAGCCAAUCAGCGGGGGUCGGGGCUGGGGGGCUGCUUGGAGGGGGGUCAGGGGGGGAGGGGGUGUAUCUUGCCCCUCCCUUUCUCCCUGCCUCCCUCCUCUAUUCCUCCCUCUGCUCUAGCCUGCCCCACCACGCCGCCCCCCCUGUCUCCACCCCCCCGCCGCACCCCCCCUCCACCUCCACCCCCCUACCACCGCUGGGGGGGCUGGGAACCCUCACCACGUUGGCAGGGCAGCCUCUCCCCCGACCCCCUGACCCCGUGUGGCGGCCAUACUGACGGUACUGGGGGGGCGGGGGGGUGGAGGGGGAUGCCUCUCCACCCCUCCGUGAACGAGCGGCUCCACCCCCCACCACACGGACGUUCAGGUGACGUUCGCGGGACAUGAGCGUGACACGAAUCUCGGCGUUCAAGGAUGCGAAACAUGAACCGAAAACGAGACGAAGCACCGAACCGCCUGAACCUUUGAAGCCCAGGUGACGGGACGCUAAUUACAGGUGGCAAUGUAUACCUGUCACCUACCUGUCAAUAUGCCCACUUAACGAAAGGUAACAUGAAGCGUCCACCCACUUGUUUUUAGGCCUAAUUUAAUACAAGGUAACACGUGGCUUGUCUACCUGUAAUCACGCCUACAUAAUUACAGGUGCAUAGUGUCUUAUUACGUGUUUAAGUGGCCGUUUAAUUAAAGGUGACCUGACGCGUCCUUCCAUCUGUUCAUAAGGCUAAUUAACCCCCAAGAAAACGAUGAAAGUGGAUGAAGUGAAAAUAGAGAAAGAAAAUUAUUAUGAAAGUGGAAGAGGUAUAAUCAGAGAACGUAAGAAGUGGAGGAAGGAAAAUUAAGAGAACCUAAAAACAAAGUGGAGUAAAAUCAAAUCAAAUAAUAGUGAAUGAAGUAAAAAUAAGAACAAAGAAACGAAGGAAAAUUUAAUAACAAAGAACGUGGAUGGAGGAAAAUUAAAUUACCAAAAAAUUGAAGAAAAAUCAGAUUACACAGAAAAUGGAUGAAAGAAUGUUGUGUUUGUAGUGAUAUUAAAAAGAAACUGAGGGAAGGGGUAGAAAAGCAGUGAUAUUAUAGAGGAACUGAGGGAAGGGAUGGAAGGAAGCAGAGAAAUAAAAAGGUAGAGGUGUACAGAGCGAUGCAGAAUAGAGAGAACGAAGAAGGUGGUUGAAGAAAAAUAUAACAAAGAGUGAAUAAAAAAAUAACUAGAUAAUACAGAAAAUGACAAUUGAAAAUAAAAGCAUACAAAUAAACGAAUGAAAAUAACAACGAAAUGAGAAUAAUAAAAACGAGAAAUUAACUAAACAAAAAAAUAUGACAAAUGAAAACUGGCCAAUCACGACCAAUUACAAAAACAACCAAUCAACCAAACAGACAAUUAACCAAUGAGAGACAACCACCCGUGCGUGCGUGCGUGCGUGGAUCAGUGCCUUUUUUUAUACAUAUCCUGGAAAAACUAACAACAUACAUAGUGAUAGUUUGUUUGUUUGUUUGUCUGUUUCUUGUUUUCCUAUAUAUAAAUACAUAACCUAUACGAGGAGAGGUCUGUGUGUGUAUGUAUGUAUGUAUGUAUGAAUGUAAGAAUGUGUGAAUAUGGGAAUGUGUGUAUGUGUCUUUGUCUGUGUAUGUAUUGUAUGUAUGUAUGUAUGUAUGUAUGUAUGGGUAGCGUUAACACAUACAUAUGAAGGUUAUUGUAAUACAUCGUUAUU